UUCCGCCGUCCGCGAGUCUCCGACAGCUCUGUGAACUUUGAGUCUCGGAGCAGAGCCGCUGACCUUCUCAUCCGCACACAGCAUCUUGUUCCUACAAACCAGAACUACCAGCUCAUCUGGAUCCUUAGGUUGUCACACUGAGGUCUGUCAAACACCGAUGCUGGACCAGUGGGAGUGGAAUAGAUAAUGGCCAUGGCACACUGUACCUCGCGGUCCCCAUCCUCCUCUCCUCAUGAUGACGUCAACCUGGGACCUUCAGCAAACCCUCAUGCCAGGCCCACUGACUUUGACUUCUUGGCCGUCAUUGGCAAAGGGACCUUUGGAAAGGUCCUGCUCGCCAAGCUCAAAGCCGACAACAAAUUCUACGCCGUCAAAGUUCUGCAGAAGAAAGUCAUCCUCAAGAAAAAAGAGCAAAAGAACAUUAUGGCAGAGAGAAAUGUACUGCUGAAGAGUCUGAAACAUCCCUUUCUGGUUCGCCUCCACUACUCCUUCCAGACUCCAGAGAAGCUCUACUUUGUCCUCGACUAUGUGAAUGGGGGAGAGCUGUUCUUCCACCUGCAAAGAGAGCGGUGUUUCUCCGAGCCCAGAGCAAGGUUCUACACAGCCGAGGUAGCCAGCGCCAUCGGCUAUCUUCACUCUCUCAACAUCGUUUACAGAGAUCUUAAGCCAGAAAAUAUUCUCUUAGACUCUCAGGGCCACGUGGUGCUGACAGACUUUGGGCUGUGCAAAGAAGGUGUAGAGCCUGAAGGCACCACCUCAACAUUCUGUGGGACUCCAGAAUAUUUGGCACCAGAGAUCCUUCGUAAGGAAGCCUAUGACAGGACAGUGGACUGGUGGUGUCUGGGAGCAGUGACCUAUGAGAUGAUCUACAGCCUGCCUCCUUUCUACAGCCGUGACGUGGGUGAAAUGUAUGAUGGGAUCCUUCACAAGCCGCUGCCACUUCCUCCGGGGAAGUCUGAGGCUGUCUGCUCUCUGCUGGUGGGUCUUCUGCAGAAAGACCAGCACAGACGCCUCGGGGCCAUCGCCGACUUUUUAGAAAUAAAGAACCACACCUUUUUCGCUCCAAUCAACUGGGACGACCUUUACAACAAGAGAAUCACUCCUCCUUACAACCCGAAUGUGAGAGGCCCAGCUGACACUCAACAUAUUGAUCCAGAGUUCACCAGAGAAAUGGUUCCGAACUCGGUGAGUCGGAGCCCGGAGCUCAACGCCAGCAGCAGCAGCUCCAACAACGCAUUCAAUGGGUUCUCCUUCGUUGGCACUGAGGACAGCUUUCUGUAGAGGCAGGAGUUAACUGUUCGAGUAUUUGAACAUUGUAAUUCAGUGGAGUGAGCACAACAGUUCCUCGUGUACUUUUGCCGAAAUCCCACGCGGCAUCUAUUAGGUUUUGACUACUGCAGGGAUUUCCAACCGGUUCCCCUCGAGGGAUGACGCCUGCAAUGGAGACAUUUUUGGUUAAAAUAUGUUAAACUUUUGUUGCCUGGAAGUCCCAGGUCUGUUCUUAGAGAAGAUAGCGGGGAUCGUCAUGAACGUGUCACCAAAUAUACAGGACUCGCAAGAAGUAGGAGCAUCUUUAAUUUAUCAUUUACAAUGAAAUUAGGAGUGUAUUAUUAUUUUAUAAACAGAUAUUGUCAUUUUGUGUGGGGGAAAAAUACACAAAGUUGUCUUCCUGUGUACAUCCAAACUUCCAGAAUUCCAUUUUCCUGAAAAAGGGCGCGCGAACGCAAGCAAAAUCAUCAAACCUUCGGCAAUUUUUGGUGACCACAGAAGUUGGUGAAAACCAGGUGCAAGUGUAAUCCUCUGCCAUGGAGUUUGCUCUGAGCAGAAGGAAGAUCAGAAAUAAUAAUAUUGAAAGUAAUAAUAAGGAAAAUUCAGAAUAAUGAAGGGAGUUGCUGCUGCUGUAUCCCUGCUUAAAAGUGUGGCCAAUCACAGCCCAUCUCUCAAAUGAGAGACUGCAGAUGAAACACAUGCAUCAUCUGUUACAGUGAAAAUAAUAACAUUUUGAUGCACAUAUCAAUCUACAGUUAGUCUAGAGGGAACAAAAGUGUCGAAAACUUAACAUACAUGAAAGGUGCUUCGGAGGGGUCUGUGUCGUCUCUGCCAACUGAAGCCACAAAAAAUGACCUGAAAAUAGACCUGCGCCUGAGAAAGUUUGAUGUUAUUGUUGUUCGUCUCACUGAUCCCAUUUUUAUAGAAAGCAUAUCUGAAUGAACAUAUGUCCAACAAUUACCAUCACACACUUUUGCCACAUAU